CAGAACCAGAUUACAUAAGUCAGCUUCAAGUUGAUCUUCGAACUUUGAAGUGUAUAAUGAAAGAAUUAAAAGCUUUAAAGGAGGGAGUGAUGAUGAGGAUCACCUCGGAGGAAGGGCCACAAAAGAAGCGGAUGCCACAAGUUCAACUGUGGCUCUCGAUGCUGGAAGCAAUAGUGACUGAAGCGGAGGAGAUGAUAAGAAAUGGUCCACCAGAAAUUGAGAAAUUGCGUCGUAAAGACCUUUCUAGCUACGAAUUUGUGCGAAAGGUGGCCAAAGUGUUAGAAGAAGCAGUUGCUCUAAGAGCCAAAGGAGAAUUCAAAGAGGUGGUUGAGAAGGUACUUCCAGACCCAGUAGUUGAAAGGAAUGAUAAACAACCAUUUGGCACGGAAACGAUGUUAGAUGAUAUUUGGAGAUGGCUCACACAAGAUGAACAACUGGGCACUGUUGGCAUAUAUGGUAUGGGGGGUGUUGGCAAAACUACUCUCUUAAACCAAGGCAUAUAUGUACAACCCAUUGCUAGUACAACCCAUAAUUUUGAUGUUGCGAUUUGGGUGGUGGUUUCAAAAGAUUUGAAACCUGAAAAGAUUCGAGAAGAUAUUUGGAAAAAGAUUGGCUUUUUUGAUGAGACGUGGGCAAAAAAAAACCCCAGUGAGAAAGCAGAAGAUAUAUUUUAUAUAUUGAGCAGAAAGAAGUUUGUAUUAUUUUUGGAUGACGUAUGGCAGAAGGUUGAUCUAAAAGACAUAGGGGUUCCUCUGCCAAAAAGACAACACGGGUCAAGGAUAGUAUUCACAACGCGUUCCUACAAAAUAUGCAGGCAAAUGGAAGCCGAAAAAAUGAUGAAAGUGAAGCCUCUGAAUCCAACAGAAUCUUGGACCUUAUUCCAGGAGAAAGUUGGGGAUAUUCCUCCGAAUAUCCUUCCUCUAGCUAAAAAUGUUGUUAAGGAGUGUGGUGGAUUGCCACUGGCACUCAUCACAAUUGGCCAUGCCAUGGCUGGCAAAGAUGCACUCCACGAAUGGGAACAUGCUCUCGAUGUCUUAAGAAGUUAUGCCUCAAGUUUACACGGAAUGGAAGAUGAGGUGUUUCAAGAUAUGGAGGUUGAAGUAUUUGCAAUUUUGAAGUUUAGUUAUGAUAGUCUACACGGUGAUAAAGUUAAAUCUUGCUUCUUAUACUGUUCCUUAUUCCCGGAGGACUUCAUACUCGAAUAUACCAUAAUAAUUGGUUCCCUUGUUCGAGCAUGCCUAUUGGAAGAAAAUGGAAAAUAUGUAAAAAUGCACGAUGUGAUUCGUGACAUGGCUUUGUGGAUAGCAUGUAAAUAUGAAAAAGGCAAGGAGAAAUUUUUCGUGCAAGUGGGUGCCCAAUUAACAGAAUUUCCAGACGCCAAACAAUGGGAAGGAUCAAAAAGAAUGUCGUUGAUGGCAAACUCCUUACAAAGUAUUCGAGAAGUUCCUAGAUGCGGGGAUCUUUCGACUUUAUUCCUUGGUCAUAAUAGGUUUUUGAAGGAGAUCAGUGGUGAUUUCUUCCAGUAUAUGAAUUCGCUCACGGUUCUUGAUCUAUCAGAGACACAUAUACAGAAAUUGCCUAAGGGAAUUUCAAAAUUAACCUCACUGCAAUAUCUUAAUCUGCGUUGUACGCAUAUAACGCGGUUACCAGUUGAGUUGAAGUUAUUGCAAAAGCUGAAAUAUUUGAACUUGGAGCGUAAUGGGCAUCUAAAUUUUAUUCCAAGGGGAGUCAUAUCUAGUCUGUCAUCGUCACUGCAAAUUUUGAGAAUGUUGCAAACCGGUUAUAUUUAUGAAAACUCGGUAAAUAACUUAUUGGGUGAAGGCAAUACGCUAAUAGAGGAGCUCCAGUGUCUUGAAAUGUUGCAAACCGGUUAUAUUUAUGAAAACUCGGUAAAUAACUUAUUGGGUGAAGGCAAUACGCUAAUAGAGGAGCUCCAGUGUCUUGAAAAUUUGAAUGAACUGAGCCUCACAAUAAUAAGUGUCUCUAUGCUUCAGUUGUUUCUCAGCAUCCACAGAUUAUUCAACUGUGCUCGGUCUCUACAGCUUGUAUGGUUUAAAGGUCCAAAAUCUCUUAAUAUUUCCUCAUUUGCAAAUGCGAGGCAUCUAGAGACCAUAGACAUAUUUCAUAAUCCUGUCUUAGAAGAGAUUGUUGUCGAUGAUCUGCUGGAUGAGAGCAGAAUACAUCAUCAUGCAACUAGAGGUCUCAGCAACUCGAUGAUCCCAACCCCAAAAUGCUUCAAUAGCCUCCGAGAAGUGACUGUAUGGAAUAACUGCAGAUUGCGAGAGCUGACAUGGCUCGUUCUGGUCCCGAAUUUGGAAAUUUUGGUAGUCUCAGUGAAUGAGCGUAUAGAAGAAAUUGUUAGUGCUGAAAAAUUAAGUGAAGUUCAAGUUGGGAGUGAAAAUGUGAACCUAUUUUCAAAACUCCAAGUUCUUGAAUUGUUUGAAUUACCAAAACUGAAAUGCAUAUAUAGGAAUCCUCUGUCUUUUCCACUUCUAGAAAGAGUACGAGUAAGUGAAUGCCCAAAGCUGGAGAAUAUACCAGAAGCAGUGCAAAGGAAUCAAGGUGGUGACUGACGCACAAGAACAAAUCUAAUGGAAACUACCUUUCUACAGCAAUUUACAGAGGCAGGCCAUCAAAAUUGUGGAAUGAUUUCGAUGUGAUCAAGGUUCCAAGGCAAAGGAAGGAGUAAACUUGUGCAAUAAAGGAUCGGAACGUUUUGAGUUUUUUUUUUUUUUUUUUUUUUUUUUUUUUUUUGAGUUUUUUUUUUUUUUUUUUUUUUUUUUUUUUUUUUUUUUUUUUGAGUUGUUUCUGCUUUGAAUGAAACCUUUUCUUUUUUCACUUUUUUUUUUUCGUGAUAAAUUGUCAGGACUCGAUUGUAAUGUUGUAAUUGAGCUUGAAUGGAUUGGACACUAUUGUAAUUGUAUUUGAUUUUGAUUUGUGAGUUUACUGCUUACAUGGCAGUUAUUGAGAUGUGAUACAAAUAUGCAGCUGAUGUAAUGCGGAUUGAAUUGUCAUUUCAUUUCUCAAAUUUUUUUCUCCCAA